CAACGAGGAGGAGGACGACGAUGAGGAGGCGGGCCAGGCGGGCUAUGGUUUCGUGGAGAGCGCAUCUGUCUCCAUGCUUGCGGCCGGAGGGUUGCUAGGUCACUAUCCCCGGACCGCACUGCCAGGGGCUAGGCCGAGUACGAGAGCCGCAUCGCCUCGCUGGCACCUUCCAGGCUGCCUUCUGAGGCCUUGAACCUGGUCCCAUCUGGCGCUCCUGUGCGCCCCGCUGCGACCCUUGCGCCCGAUAUCCUCCACACGGGCUGUCCGGAGGGUCCAGGCCCCAUUGUCCUUGUCCCCACCGCGGCCACAGGCCCCUUGAGCGCUAGCCCUCCCCACUACCCUUCCCAGGCAAGGCCACCAACGCCUCCAGCAGCCGCUCUUCUGUCUGGUCCGUGGAGGUGGUUGGUUACCAUGGUGAAGCUGGCAGCCAAAUGCAUCCUGGCAGGAGACCCAUCCGUGGGCAAGACUGCCCUGGCCCAGAUCUUCCGCAGCGACGGAGCCCAUUUCCAGAAGAACUACACCCUGACAACAGGGGUGGAUCUGGUGGUGAAGACGGUGCCAGUCCCUGACACAGGGGACAGUGUGGAACUCUUCAUUCUUGACUCGGCCGGCAAGGAGCUGUUUUCUGAAAUGCUGGAUAAAUUGUGGGAGAGUCCCAACGUCUUGUGUCUCGUCUACGACGUGACCAACGAGCAGUCCUUCACCAACUGCAGCAAGUGGCUGGAGAAGGCUCGGUCACAGAUUCCAGGCGCCACCCUCCCAGGUGUGCUGGUGGGGAACAAGACAGACCUGGCCAGCAGGCGAGUGGUGGAGUCGGCCCAGACCCGGGCAUGGGCACUGGGCCAAGGCCUGGAAUGUUUUGAAACAUCCGUGGUAAGUAUUUCCGCCUGCGCCGUAGCCAAGUCUGGAGCGGACCUCGGCUGGAAGCGGUUUUUCACAUGACCUCACAUGCAUCGAGUUGUUAGUCCACCAUAUGCAGAGCCUAAUUUGGAGCGGAUGUUUACAUCCUUAGCCCAAGAUCUCUUCUCAGUAUAACAAGAGUCACUCGUGUGUUACAAACAAGCAGAUCAGCCAGCCAGCCAGCCAGCCCUGGGAAAAAGCUGGAUCUCAAUUAGUAAGAAACACAAGUGUAUUGUGUUCAGUUACAGUGACACUUGAUGUUGGCAUGGGACAUCUUGGGUUACGGUGUGGUUGGCACAUUAUUUCAUAGACUCUCAAAAUCAGCCCCAGGAGCCAGGAGCUGGCCCCCAUUCCCCACUUUGUGUUGGGGUGAAGUGACUGGCCCGCGAGUCACGUUGACUCGCGAAGGGUUGAGCCAGGACCAGGACCCCUGACUUCUGGUUCCCCUCGGUGCUCCCUGCCCCCACCUUGCCGCAGCCCCAGGGAGACGCCAGGCCACAGAGUGUCCUCUGGUAUAUUCAGCAAGAGCCCUUGGGAAGGGGCACGGUAGAGGGAUUUGUUCCCGGCCCCUUCAGUACCCGAUAAUCAUGAUUUGGGCAUGUUCACAGUGUUGUGGGAAGCUCCCUCCUAUGUGGGGAGUUCUGAGGUCCCGGCCUCCCUGCAGCCAGGGUGCAGGCACGUGACCCAGGCUACACCAAUCAGAAACACUCGUGUGCUACCAUGGAAGGGGGUCAAGUGAAGACACCCCCCCUGCAGGAGCUGCCCAGAAACACCCACCUCAGAGCCAGCAGGGACCAAGGUGCCAGCUGCAGUGCCCCUUCCUGGGGUUGCUGGGGAGACUUGCCACGUCUGGCACAGCCUGAAACAUCCAUGGUGGUAACUUGGACUUCAUUCCUGGCCUUGUGGCCUCUGGCCCCGACUGAUUCCUUGGUCCUCCCAGAGAGUCUGUGGGCUAGUUAAUAAAUAGCCCUGAGGUCGUUUUCUACUCAGACUCUCCUUAAGCUACAGGCACUCUUGUUGUUGCAUCUAUGAAAUCUGACAAAUGCUGCUAUUCAGUUGCUGUAUGGAUGUGAAUUUCUUAAACCCCCUCAAAGCGGCAUGCUUCCUUAGGGAAAGUAGCGAGUGCAGGCAGGUGCUCUGACCUCCCAUGGUGAAUAGCAGGACUAGCUGUGGGCCUCUCGGUGUGUUACUUAACCUCUUGGUGCCUCAGGUUCCUCAUCUAUAAAGUGAGGAUCGUAAAAUAUAUCCCUCAUUGAGUAAUAAAUACGAGAAUUAAGUCAGAUGGUGAAUAUAAAAACAGCACGAAGUCUGAGGCAUAGUAAACGCUCAGUCAGUGUUAGCUUUUUAAAAUGUAAAUAUUCCCUCUAGUAAUCUCAUUUAUGCUAUUAUUACUCACUAAAUCCUUGUAUUCCUAGAUUGUGCAGAGAUAAAUAUCAGUUUUGCCUCUGGUCCAAUGAUCACAAAUGCUAAGUUAGUGAAGUUCCAAUUAGCAGGCUUUUACUAUAUAGGAGGUUGCCCGUCUUUUAUGCAGGACGCCUUUGAGCAAAGCAGUAAGCUGUACCACCCACAGCAAACAGUAUCUUCCUAUUCCCUCCUCCUCCAUUCACAUUUAUGAAGUUGCCUCCUUACCCCAAUAUCCCACGUUCCCUGGAACUCUUGACGGGGCUCAGAAAUUAACACCCACUCCCAACACUUCCAUCACCAAAGGCCACUGGGCUGCAUGUUUAAACUCUGGUCGGGUGUUUGCCGCUACACGAUUGAAACGGGAGGGUAUAAAUGAUGUCUGACGAGGCUGCAGUUAAGCA